AAUAUGGUUCUUCAGUUUCUCCCUCACCCUCUGCCAACGGCAAGAUGACCAACGAACAGUUAUCAUGCCUGUCCAAGCUUGCGCUCGCACUCCAUCCUACAAACUGCAGGUCUAGCCAAGAAUUGCUAUUGCUGUACUCUUCGGUGAUUGGAGAAGAGGUAUGGCACCUCAGCCUGAUUGGACCUACCGUUCCCGAAACUCCUGCAGGCCCUCGAGAGACUUGGUGGGAAGGUAAAUGGUCAAUGGAGGAAUUACAGGAUCUAGUGCCUUCAAAGUCACGUGGCGAACUCAUAGAUAAAAUAAGGUCAUCUUUCCGCAAUGAUGAUAUUACUUUGAUAGGAUACCGGGAAGGUAAUGAGGCGGAAGUUCGGGUGACGAUAGGAUACUCAACUUCUGGCGCUUUCACCAUCUCAUUAGCCCGCUUGAACUCUGACAACGAGCCUUCGCCAACUCCGAAGCGAAAACCUUUCCUCAACCUUUUGAGUAUCACUUGCGAAGCAUAUCAGCAACUGAAUAACAGAAAGCAUGAGAAACAUAUCGAUCAAGCACCAUCCGGUAACAGCGCAGGCCACGAUAUCAAUCGGACUAUGAUCCAAAGCUCAUAUUCUCGAAUCAACGCGGCAUCCGAUAAUGGAAACGCUCCAGAUCAAAUGAAGAGAACCAAUUCUGUAUCAUCCCCAAACGCAUUUGCAGACAAUUUAGCUCAUUCCAGCAAGAAAGCGAGGAUCGCGGUGACCAAUCGUUUUCUUGACUCAGAUGAAUCUGAUUGACAGACCCUUGCAAGAAAAGCUCGUAAAGGACGUUUUCAAAGCUUCUGGUAUCAAACUAGUUGUCUGUAAAUUAUCUUGUAGUGCAGUUGACUCAGUGACCAGUAGAUCCAUGGUUUCCUCUCAGGAAUCUUGCCUCGAUAUCAGUGUCUGAAAUCACAUAUCUUAUGAUUGAGAGUAAAUUUUGCUUUGAAAUAUAGCUGUUGGGACGCUUUUG